CUGCGAACCGCGGACUGCCAAUGUCCACACUUAUUCCUACCACAAUUCACACCAUUGUAUCACUUCAUUUGCCUCGUUUAAUGAUUUUUAGGUUGCUUAUCUUGGACUUCGGAGGCUUGACUCUCCGUGUUAUGUGAUACCAUUUGCGCAGUUCCCUUAUAUGAAGAACAUGGAUUAAUAAAUCUGCAUGUGCGUCUCUCGAUUUCCGGCUUCGACCGACGGUGACGAUGAGCCUUCGACAUCCUCCACGACUGGAUGUGUCUGAAGAAGAUGGAACCCACCUCAUCGGGCAGCAGGUUCGGCAUGGAGUACCAGAUGAAAUCAUCGCUAUGCUGGCUCGCGCAAACCGCCAGGCUACCGCUGCCAACAGAGCUGCCAAAAUCGAGAAAGAGAGCGUUACUGCAACUAAAGCCGACCCCCUCCUCCCUCCCGUUGCCACCGAUUUUGGUCCCGAGACUCUGAUUGAAUAUCUGCGAAGUGAGGCCGACAGGUUGAGGCGUGAACGCAAAGCUACAUCGGGAAAGGGUAAAGGGAAAGCGAAAGAGGCAUUGACACCGGCAACAUCUGGCGUACUCCAUCCGAGCAGCACUCCAAUAUCCACACAUGGUCUGCGUUCACCAUCUGCUACCCCAACACUCGCUGAUCCAGUCGAUGACCGCCAACCUGCUGUAGGACCUGCAACUCGACGAUCGCAACGUCUGGCACGCGGAGACUCUCUCAAUCAGGAGGCGAUUCAACCUGCAGGUGAGUCUAAGAAGACACCGCUGUCUCGGCCACUACUGCCGACGCCAUUUCGGCCUGAACUAUCUCAGCAGCCCUCCAUCCCAGAAGAUGACCUCACCACACGACCAAGCGGUACUGGUCCCUCCAGAACGAGCACAUUCGAGGAACACACCAGGAACAAGAGAAUGGCUGUUAGAAACACUGCUCAAAAGGAUUUGACAAGUCCGCUGCUUACAAGGUCGCGUCAGAGAAGACGUUCGAAGGGCUUCUUAUUCUCUGGCGCGUCAACUGCUGUGGAUCCCACUUCAUCUGCAACGCAUUCAGAGCUCCCCUGUCCGGACACUCCACAAUACGACGCCCCAGAGUCUCCUCAGAUCUCUCUGUCCGAGAAUGAACCUAGUGGUUCAGUACAUGAUCUUGUAUCUUCGCCCCGACUGCUGGCCACUAACAACAGAACUAUUCAGACCUCGCUCAGUAGACCCAUCCACGACCUGCCGAACAGCCAAGCCUCGAAACACAGAUCCUCCACGAGUAAGGACGUCACGCUUGCUGGGUCAGAGGCCCAUUCCUCUCCAGUCAGUACUUUCGACUAUGCCAGCCUCAUCCCUGAAGUCAUCCCUCCAAGCGCCAAGAAGGAGUUCAUCGACCAGACUACGCGUGCGGAGCAGAACAGUUCAGCCGAUUACCCAAGACGAACUGCAGAAUCAAGCAGGCUGAACAGAGUCCAUCACGUCGGGCCCCCGGCUCCUUGGACCCAAUUUCCCCUUCCCUUUUGGACCCCUCCGCGCCAUGCAAUCACCCCCGCCGAAAGUGAUGAUCCGUACGCGAAGGACGUUCCAACCCCAGCCCCCGAAAAGCACUACCCUCGCCUCUGGAAGCCCACGGCGGCUCCUGGCACGUCUCCAACGAGCACAAGAUUGACCAGAAUCCGGUCGUCUCGACGUGUCAAAGCUUCCGGACCAGAAUCAAGUGCUCUACAGCUGUUUGAUGUCGUUCUGUGGACGGAAAUUUGCAGGUUUCUUUCUACGCAAGAUGUGAGAAACCUCCGCCUCGUCAACAGAUCUAUUGCACAAAUCAUAGCUCCAAUCCAGUUCAGGAGCGUCGUGGUCAAUUUCGACAGACACUUCUUCGGCACGGGUGGCAGUAAUUGGGAUAGCAAGUCCGGGCUCCUACCCACCAACUCGAUGUUCAAGAAAUACGGCGCCAAUAUCAACAAAUUUGGCGUGUCUUUCGAGUACGAUCAGCAAGGAUUAUCGCAUGCUAAGACGAAAACCAUUGAUAAGGAACAAGAUGCAUGGUUUGGAACAUUCAAAUGGCCUAUUGAACAAUACCCACGCUUUCCAGAACUGCAAGCUCUCGAGGACCUUGUUGAUCAUAACUGCCCGUUGCUCAAGGAAGCACUCGAAAGUAUCACCGGGGCGUCGGAGCUUGGAUUGUGCAUCGACAGCGGUCACGGCUGGCUAGAAGGCCCUGAUAUUUCCGAUAUGGCUCUUUUCAAUCGACGGAUGGCGAAGGGGAGCAAAGUCUUCGGGAAGACGUUCGAAACCGAAGAUGUUUGGAUCACUUUUGCCCGUAAUGAAUACUUUAGAUGGGCCCAACAGAAUACCAUCAACGCAGCGCUAAAGGCGCUUAUGACGAAGCAGACGACCCCAGAGUCUGCUGUUAAAGAGUUUCACUUUUUGGAUGCUCUCAGGAUUCGUGACAUCGAGAGCUUCAGAAAUCAGGACGAGCAAUAUGAUUACGACCCGGAAUGCCAUGUGGGAGGUGGUCCAGUUCUGGCAGUAGAAGCUCUCGCGGAUGACGGUGGCGAGCUUCCUACCCCUUUUCAGGUGCAUCAGGUUGUGCGAGAGCGCCGACUCGCAACCCAUUCCCAAAACGGGGGUAGGAGAUCACCACAGUGGCCACUAAUUUUCAGCGGUCAGAAUCUUGCUGCUGAGCAUGGAGGUCACUGCCCUUUUGUCCAAAAGAACACCGCCAAUCCUGUCGCAUCUCCACUGCUGCCCGGAUUGCUCACAGAGCCGCAAGCUCAAUGGUUGAUGGAAACUGUGUGGGCGCAGCGGGCUUUCCUAUCCGCUUACACGACAGCCAUCAUUACCCACAGGCAAAACUUCCAGUCGAUCCAUACCCUCCGCAUCAGUAAAUUGUCCUCUGGGCUCCUCCCAUGCUUAGAACAAGAAGAAUUCUGGAAGAGCUUCUCUGGACUCAAGACGCUGCAGAUCUUGGUAAGCCCGGACUGGCGCCAGGAGCACGUAACGGGCGAUCGACUAUUUGCUAAGAACAUGCGCAUCUGGCCCUCCAAGGCUGCUGAGAGGUUCACCGAGUUUUUGAGAACAUACGUUGCCAAGAUAGAGAAUCUGCACAGCCUGAACAUUGGCUAUACUGGCGGCGGGGAACAUGCUGCUGGCAUGUUUGCACGGAAUAAGCACGUCUUGCACGCGCCGAUCACCCAUGAUCCGGGGCCUUUCCUGAUUGACGACACCAGCAAACCGACAUGGCCGCUUCUCACAAAAUUCGACCACGUACGAGAGCUCAAAUUUGAAAAUUGUUGGUUUACUCCAUGGAUGCUGCAGGAGUUCAUGAAACUUGGCAGAGACACAAGUCUCCAUUCCCUAAUCCUUGACUCCGUCAGCAUGACCGCGUGUCAUGAUGACGAUCUCAACACGACCAUUGGGAGAGUACCGGGUCAUCUUCGCUGCCUUCACCCUCUAGAAGACUGGACUCAAGAGACUUUGCCCAUCGGCGCCUCCUGGGCUCGAGUCCUUGACGCUAUUACGCCGGGGAAAACACUUCUUGCACACAAAUACGACGCGGGACUGAUUGACAUAGGAGCUUAUCCGAAGCCUAAGCCAACGUUCCGCGGACAUGUUCAAGAAAUCAUCCUUAACAGUUGUGGCUAUGUCAAGAUCAACGUUCCAAUUUCGUUCCAGAGUAUCUAUAACCAAAAUGCGCUAGUUCAGGGCCCCGAACCUACCAUGGACGAUGCCCUGGCCGUUCGUAGGGAACGAUUUUACAAAUGGCCAGUGGUUGAAGGUGAGCAAAGUGCGUCGUCCCGGACUGCUGGCUCUCGAGCCUCCGAGAUGUCGCUGGCAAGGAUCAUGAUGUCUGAGUCAUCCGCGGAUUACGCAACAGUUCCUUGGUUGGGCACAUUGACUCAAUGCAUUCAUCCGAUUGAAAAGCGCGUCCUCGAGCAGGCGUGGCAGAUGACUUUUGGAUGGCCGAAUAACCUUGAUCGAUGGGCUGCGGUCGAAGAUGGACAGUCUGAAGGUGGUACAGGACGGUUCAGUGGUGUGAUCAGGAAAGCUGAUCAGACCAUGGAGGAAUACUGAAUUUAUUUGACUGAGAAGCUCUUUAGCUUGUGGCGAAAUCUUCCGGUGCUUGAACGGGUGUGGUUAUUAUCUUAUGAUGACUGCUGCUUGCUCCAGAGUGAAUGGCACCAAUUGGACAUGGAUAUUGUUAUGGUGAUACUGACGAAUUCGGAGCGGCAAGUCAUCGGGAGGUUGGAGAAAAAGGCUUCGCUGUCUCCAAGUUGCACCAGCAAGGCUGAUGGGCUACGUGAACCUCUGCUACCAGCUGAGGCGUCUGGACUCGCUGCUCUGGACCUCCUCUCGUUCCGUUCCCGCCUUUUUUUUCUUUCUCGAUACACUUAGCAUCCCACGUGGUCUACAUCUGGUAGCGAUGCCACUUUGCCAUUUCUUUUGGAUGCUAGCACUGGCCAGCCUAGACGACAAGAUCAUAAUCCGGUCUUCGUCUAACCUCGAUGAGCGGUCCGUCACGAGCGGCGGAGAAGUUGUCCAACAUUCUGUACUCGUCGUAUUCCUGCCCAAGGGCCUCCUCCCUUCCUCCACUGAUGUACUUGAAGUCGUACAAGAACACGGCCCGGGCAAGAGUGACCCAGAGCUCGAUAUAGGCCAGUCUCCGGCCUAUGCAAAUCCGAG